AUGCAUUCGGCUCAGCGCAACGUGCGGAAGUCUGUCUUGAAAAAGAAAAGCCGCGAUGUAGCAGCAAUUCCAGGGGUUGAAAAUGUUCGACUCAUCGGUAAAGGAUACCAAGGGGAAAACCACUAUGGUCUACUGAACAAGACCAUCAAGAAGCCGCUCUCGCACGACUGGCAUGACAAGGAACUCCCGGACGACCAGUUUGCCUCCGGCCAUACCCGCUUCCAGCGGUGGCAUAUCGACGCGCCUCUGUAUGGACGCGACCCAGCCUGGUUCACGACGUUGCGCUGCUUCAAACGUCCCACCUCGCCCGAUGUCACGAUUCAUUGGGACGACGGAAGCGGGCAUACCAUGAAAUCGGAGCCCGGACUGACUGCCUUUUUGAGCUGCACUCAGAUGUACGACCUCAUGACCGAGGAGGAAAAGCAAAUAGCGGACCACUCGUGGAUAGAGUAUGCGCCUCAUCCCUACAUGUGGAUGGGCAAAUGCAGAGCCAAUGCCAAUGGUCUUGGCGUGGUCAGCCAAGGGAAGGAGUUGGCACUCGAGGAGCUGGGUGGCUAUGAAGAGGCUUCCAUCAAGAAGUACCCAAUGGUCUGGGUAAACCCCGUCACAGGCGAGAAAGCUUUCAUGGUGCAUGGGAUAUGCGCUCGGAGGAUGUUUAUGCGAUCGAACGCGGAUGAAAAGCCCCAAGUCAUUGAUGACGUUGUUCGGAUUCGGGAAUGGCUCCGACCAAUCCAGGAGAGGGUCCUCAAGCCCGACUACAUCAUGUUACCCAAGGUCGAGGAGGGAGACAUCGUCAUGUGGGCGAACUAUCAGAUGUUCCACACAGCCGUGGAUUAUCCCGAUGACUUUGGACCGCGGACGAUGCACCAAGCAAACAUUGGGGCGAGUUCAGGGCCCGUGGGUCCAGUUCCUCUUCCGUUGGUUGUAUGA